GCCACGCCGGUCACCCAUGCGCUGCGCUGGCCUUGGGGGGCUGAGCGGGUUGUCCGAAUGCUGCGAUUCCGAGGGGACAUCUUGGACGAUCUGGUCACUCCGAUGUUUCACCGCAAGGGCGCGUGGACCAUCCGGGCCACGAUCCCCCUAGUCCUACAGCCGCUGAUGCUUGUAGCCGAGCCCACCAACAUCAAGGCAGUGCUGUCGACCAGCUUCGCUGACUGGGGUGUUGGACCUCGCCGUCUGAAACAGUUCGGGCCUUUUCUUGGGCUGGGCAUCUUCACUGCCGAUGGACAUUCGUGGUCUUCCUCGCGCGGGCUCCUACGACCCGUCUUUUCGCGCCACCAGGUGUCCGAUCUUGAGUUUACCCGCCGCCAUGUCGACCGGCUACUGGAUUGCCUCGGCGGCGGCGAAAACUCAUCCUCAGCGAACGGUUGGACGGAAUGGGUCGACACAAUGCCCGUGAUCUAUCGUUUCACCCUGGACGCGGCGACCGAGUUCCUGUUCGGCGAAAGUGUCGACAGCCAGCUGCGGCCCGGCGCUGCGUCGGACCGCCGUAAUGUCUUCGAACAGGCGUUCGAGGCCUCGUCACUCGGUGUUGGGGGACGCAUGCGCCUAGGCGCCUUCUAUUGGGUGCUGAACAACGCGGGAUUUCGUCGUGCCUGUCGCCUCUGUCGCGCCUAUGUGACUGGCUUCGUGGACCGUGCUCUUGGCCUGCCCCAUAAGAAGGAGAAGACGUCUCAGCGCGGGCUCUUCCUGCGCCAGUUAUCUGAGUUCACGCAGGACCGUGUGCUGAUUCGCGACCAGCUGCUCCAGCUCCUAUUUGCGGGCCGCGACACCACGGCCACGCUCAUCUCCUUCGCUCUGCUCUGUCUGGCCCGCGACCCCGUUGCCUGGUCCAAGCUACGUGCCGAAGUCCUCGAGCACUCCGCCGACACCCUCAGCUUCGAGUCUCUCAAGUCCUGUGCCUACCUGCAAGCCGUUCUCUCGGAGACUCUACGACUGUACCCGCCCAUUCCCAUAAACACACGCCAGGCUUUGCGUGACACUGUUCUGCCCGUCGGUGGCGGCCCACACGGCGACCAGCCCGUGGCCAUCCCCAAGGGUACAACUCUCACCUACAGUGUUUAUGUGAUGCACCGGCGCACAGACAUCUGGGGCCAGGACGCAGCCGAGUGGCGUCCGGAGCGAUGGCAAGGAUUAAAGGGCGGGUUCCACUAUCUGCCCUUCAACGCGGGCCCGCGACAUUGUCCGGGUCAGCAAUUUGCUCUCACAGAAGCAGCAUACACCUUGGCACGACUGGCGCAGUCCUUUGACGGACUCGAGUGUCCCGACCCGACGGAGCCGAUCCAGAAGACACUCGGCAUCACGGUGCAACCCACGAAGGGGGUUGAGGUGAGAUUUCACCGGGAGGCG